GCGGGGCCGGGGCCAGCGCAGAACUCCGGGCCUCCGCGGCCAUCGCUGACUGUGCCGUCCCCUCCCCGCACCCGCUCCACGCCCUCCUGGGCCGAGUGGAGUUGGGUGGUGUCAGGAGCCUCUCCCUGAGGGGCACCGCGGCUUCAGGAGCUGGGCCUCCAGUGCGGCGCGAUGUCAGGCGCGGUGACAGCUCUGUGAGUCCGAGGCCGCGGCCGUGGCGCUGGGCGGCUGCGGGGCCUGACCGGUCCGCUCAUGGUGCCGCCACGACGCCAUCGCGGGGCAGGAAGGCCAGAGGUGGGUGGAGGAGCGUGGAGAAUCCUUUUCUUUUACCACUUGAAGAGAUUGGAAAGGUGCCUUCAAAACCCACAACAAAUCACUUACUCUCCGAUAACCAAAUUCCACUCCAGGAGAUCAGUGACAGAAAAGACACUUUUAGAAACUGUCUAGACGCUGUCCCCGGGGGCGGAUUCCUCUGGAUGGAGAGGGGUGCUGAGUUCUUCACCUCCUUUUAGACUGAGAUCUGCCAAGUUUUCCGGCAUUGCGCUUGAGGAUCUCAGAAGGGCUCUUAAGACAAGGCUGCAAAUGGUGUGUGUAUUUAUCAUGAACCGAAUGAAUUCCCAGAACAGUGGUUUCACUCAGCGCAGGCGAAUGGCUCUUGGGAUUGUUAUUCUUCUGCUUGUUGAUGUGAUAUGGGUUGCUUCCUCCGAACUUACUUCGUAUGUUUUUACCCAGUACAACAAACCAUUCUUCAGCACCUUUGCAAAAACAUCUAUGUUUGUUUUGUACCUUUUGGGCUUUAUUAUUUGGAAGCCAUGGAGACAACAGUGUACAAGAGGACUUUGCGGAAAGCAUGCUGCUUUUUUUGCAGAUGCUGAAGGUUACUUUGCUGCUUGCACAACAGAUACAACUAUGAAUAGUUCUUUGAGUGAACCUCUGUAUGUUCCUGUGAAAUUCCAUGAUCUUCCAAGUGAAAAACCUGAGAGCACAAACAUUGAUACUGAAAAAACCCCCAAAAAGUCUCGUGUGAGGUUCAGUAAUAUCAUGGAGAUUCGACAGCUUCCCUCAAGCCAUGCAUUGGAAGCAAAGUUGUCUCGCAUGUCAUAUCCUGUGAAAGAACAAGAAUCCAUACUGAAAACUGUGGGGAAACUUACUGCAACUCAAGUAGCAAAAAUUAGCUUUUUUUUUUGCUUUGUGUGGUUUUUGGCAAAUUUGUCAUAUCAAGAAGCACUUUCAGACACACAAGUUGCUAUAGUUAAUAUUUUAUCUUCAACUUCUGGACUUUUUACCUUAAUCCUUGCUGCAGUAUUUCCAAGUAACAGUGGAGAUAGAUUUACCCUUUCUAAACUAUUAGCUGUAAUUUUAAGCAUUGGAGGUGUUGUACUGGUAAACCUGUCAGGGUCUGAAAAAUCUGCUGGAAGAGAUACAAUAGGUUCCAUUUGGUCUCUUGCUGGAGCCAUGCUUUAUGCUGUCUAUAUUGUUAUGAUUAAGAGAAAAGUAGAUAGAGAAGACAAGUUGGAUAUUCCAAUGUUCUUUGGUUUUGUAGGUUUGUUUAAUCUGCUGCUCUUAUGGCCAGGUUUCUUUUUACUUCAUUAUACUGGAUUUGAGGACUUCGAGUUUCCCAAUAAAGUAGUAUUAAUGUGCAUUAUCAUUAAUGGCCUUAUUGGAACAGUACUCUCAGAGUUCCUGUGGUUGUGGGGCUGCUUUCUUACCUCAUCAUUGAUAGGCACACUUGCACUAAGCCUUACAAUACCUCUGUCCAUAAUAGCUGACAUGUGUAUGCAAAAGGUGCAGUUUUCUUGGUUAUUUUUUGCAGGAGCUAUCCCUGUAUUUUUUUCAUUUUUUAUUGUAACUCUCCUAUGCCAUUAUAAUAAUUGGGAUCCUGUGAUGGUGGGAAUCAGAAGAAUAUUUGCUUUUAUAUGCAGAAAACAUCGAAUUCAGAGAGUUCCAGAAGACAGCGAACAGUGUGAGAGUCUCAUUUCUAUGCACAGUGUUUCUCAGGAGGAUGGAGCUAGUUAGCUGUUGUCUGUAGCCCAGGUUUGUAUGUGAGCUGGGUUUAGUAUUGAAUAAGGUUCUUAUUUAUGUAAUAUUCAAACAAAGGAUUGAUUUUUUAUCAUUAGUUGUUUGAGAGGCAAUACAGCCUUAAAGGCUAAAGGGGCUAAAGCCUGGACUCCAAUUCUGUCUUCUCCACAUACUAGUUGUGUGGCCCUAUGCAAGGUUGUGUGGCCCUAUGCAAGGUUCUUAAUCUCUUGAUGCUCCGGCUUUCUUAUUUGUGAAAUGGGAUUACAAUAGAACCUCUCUUAUGAGGGUGUUAAAAUAGUAAAUACUUGGUAAAUAUGAAGUAUGUACAAUAGUGCCUCACUCAAAUGAUCAGGAAGUUUUAACUCUUAUUUUUAUUCAUGCUAAGGGUCAUUUUAAUAAUAUGCUUUAGAAAAAUAUUUUUUCUCUGAUGAUAAAAGAAAAAUGUAAUAUUCUGGUGUACAGUAUACUGGUUGAAAAAUACUAGUCUUUAUGUGUGUUUUACAUAACUGGCACAGUGUAUAUUCUCAUUCACUGACAUUGCUUUGUCAUUUAACAAUGCUUCUGGAAUAUUUUUCAAUUUUUUACAUUUUAAGAAAUAGUGUCUUUUAUAUGUCUUCGAUGAUAGAGUACAUGACAUUUAAUAUUUUGCUGAAUGAAUGCUUGAAUUAAAUGCAACAUACAGAUUUUGCAGGUACAAAAGUGAUUAUUUAUUUAGAAUGAAAGAUCACAAUAAAUGACGAGAAUUCUGAAGGCCCAGGCCCCUUUUUCUGAGACAUCUUUAGGCAAUUUAUAUUGAAAUGUUUCUUGAUUGCUACUGAGUUUUACCUCCCUAUCUAGAACAUUGUACAACUCCUGUCAAUUGUUAACACUUAUAUUGGCCUUGAAGAUUAAGUUUCAUUAUCCUCAUGGUAAACUUGCUUCUAACCUACGGCUAAUGGUCCUGGUUUUCUGGUUUUCUUUAGUGUGCUGUUUUUCAAUCUAGUUUAUACCUGCACAUGGUUUGAGCCCUAGUUCUCCAAGACUUUUUGUACAAGGCAGCUACCCCUGCCCUUCCCUGCCCUGCUCAUCCUGCUUUCAUUCUCUUCCCACUCUGAGGAAAUUAAACUCUUAGCUGAUUCUUCUGGUAUUUUCCUUCUUGUCUCCCUAAGUAUCAUGUUUAUGACUUGUGUUUCGUGAGUUCUCGGUUUUAGGCAUCUUCAGCUGACUUUUCCACUAAGAUCAAUGAGGACAGAUUAUUUUCAGGUUUACUCCUCCUCUGCACCCACCUCGCAUGCCUCCUAUCUCCAUAUCAGUUCUGCCUCAUCAUCCCUGUAUAGUUAUUGCAUAAUUUUGGAUAGAUCUGUAGUCAGUGUUUAUAUUGUUGUCACUAAAAAAUUGUUACUUAUAACUGAGCUAUAUAGGAUUCGUCCUGGUAUUUCCCUUAUCCAGAGAUUCUCUGUUACUACCCUUUUUGGAGAGUAAACCUUAAAGUCUUCUCCUGGGAUAGAGAAAAGGCACUUGGCCAACUGUGAAAAGUAAGAGAGGGCAUCUGAGUGUCUGUCUGCGUUUUCUGUAGCCAUUAUACCAGUCUUCUUGUUUUUAGUUGUUUCUUUAUCCCUCCUUACAGAGAUAUCUGGUCCUAUUUUUCCAUUGCUAACCAAGAGUUGGCUGUUAUUUUCUCAUCUCUCUACUUUUCUUUUUGUCCAUGUGGUUUAUUCCUUUUAAGAAAAUAAUUCCAGGCUGGGCACAGUGACUCCUGCCUGUAAUCCUAGCAUUUUGGGAGGCCGAGGAGGGAGGAUCACUUGAGCUCAGGAGUUUGAGACUAGCCUGGGCAACAUAGUGAGACCUUAUUUCUAUUAAAAAAAAUAUUUUUUUUAUUUUUUACCCUUUAUUUUCUUUUUAGUGAGGUUUUGGAGAACAAGUGGAACUAAAUAUAUGUUUAUGUGCCAUCUUUAAAUUUAAAAAAAACCAUAAACACAAUUACAGUAAGUCCUCACUUAACAUCAUCAAUAGGUUCUUAUAAACUGUGACUUUAAGCAGAAUUACAACAAAACUAUUUUUUUUGCAUCAACAUUAUAACAUAACAACACUGAAAAAACAAUGUUAUUCAGGGACCUAAAGUCAGUUUCCUAGAACCUAUGACAUUAAGUGAGGACUUCGUAUUCUUGAAAGCUUUUUAAUGCUGUAAUUUUUGCAUUAUUUUUCUUGGGUAUGCUGUGCAUUGUUCUCAUACUCACACUUAAACCCACCCAUAUCCAGCAAGGUUUCAGUAUUUUUAGAAGUGAGAGCUGGGUAAAGAAGAAAGAGUGAAGACUAAAGAAGAUGGAUUGCAAUAGAGUGGAAUAGACUGGGCAGGUGUCUUUGUCUUUGCAGGAGUAAUGGUGGAAUAUACCAGGGGUACAACUAACUGCUAAUACACAAUCUCUAGUGUUGAUGUCAGCUUUUGACAUUGCUAUAGAAGUCACAUUCGUAAGUUCUUAGUACUCCAAAUUUGAGUAUCCAGUUAUUAAGUAUGUAUACAGUGAAAAUAGGUAUUUCAAUUUUAAGAUAAUUUGCUUUUUAAAAUGUAAACUAUAGAAAAGUAAAACUAUGAAAUUAUAAUCUAAUCACAUUUCUGUGGUUUUUGUUUUUAGCUUGAUAUUGGAACUAUACAGCGAACAGACAAUCUCUGGCAAGUUUUUGUAGAAAAAAUGUCUCAGUGCCUAGUCUGAAAUAUAACAGUUUCAGUUCUUUGAAACUCUAAAAUAUAUUUUUCUCAUACCUGUUUUCUUCAUUUUCAUAAUGAAGCACUUUGCUAUGUAGCUGUGUACAUAUCACUACAGUUAUAGGAAGUUCCAGUCUACAGUCCAUCCAAAGGACCAACCUGCCUUACACAUCUCAAGGAAUUCAGCUGUUGAAAUCAUUUGAACUAAUCAAGGAAUAAAUCCUUAUGUUCUGGGACUUUAUUUUCACAUACUUGUUAAAUGCUGGAAUAUAUUAUGAAAAUGUUUUCAAGAAAUCACUUAAGUGUUCAUAGACCAGUGUUUCUGACAGGUAAAAUGCUAAAAUAAGCUCCCUGUAAUAAGUGUGGAUUAUAUUUUUGGGUUUUGUAGAAUAUUGCAAAUUGACCACACAAAAAAUGUUUAAUUUAUGCAACAAACAUGUUUGUGCAAAUUUCGUGGGACUUUAAAAAUAAUAAAUAUUUGAGAAAAUA